ACAAGGCGCAGCACAUUACUACACAUUUUCAAAUUGGCCAAAUGGAUUCCGGCUACUCGACAGUCAAAAUAUUAUUGGCCAUUCUGCUAAUCAGUAGAUGCAAAGCAGCGCGCAAAUGGGACUACGAACCUAUAUUGGUCAGCGCCACUUCUUCGGAUGACAGUUUGAUAAAGCUAGAGCCCAAUAUUGUUCGCAUGGGGCGUGGACAGUACGGAUUAUCAGGCCGGGUGGAGUGGAACUAUGACGUAACUGAGAAGACCAUGGUGGAUGCCAUUGUCUACCGCAGCAGCACGGGAGAUGAGUCCGACUACAAGCUGCUGCCUUACUCUGUGCCUAAGCAAUCCUUUUACGACUAUGUGAACACCGUUUAUAAGGAUGUGGUCAUGAAGAACUUAGCCAACUGCUCCAAUGUGCCGCAGUUCGAAGGCGAAUUCCAACCGCCAUGGCCGAAACAAACUUAUAUCGGUGACAAGUGCACCGUUGCAGGCGAUGGACUGCCGGAUAUGGUGCCACAAGGAUUCUAUAAGAUUAUAUUUAAUUGUACUGGACCUGAUCAGCCAUCGUGGAGUAUAAUCGGAGUUUUUAAAAUAAUAAACAAAAUGUUUUAGCUAUGUAGCAAUAAAAAGUCAACUUAUCAAA